GUUUACUUACUUUGGCAACCCUAGUUAUGGAGGAUAUGCUGAAAGAAUGACUGAAGAGGAGUUGGAGCAAGGGAAGCAAUGGUUGAGUGAUACAUUUAGCCUUAUAAGGUGUGAGAAUGAUGCUCUUCCAAGUAUUCAAUGGGUCCUUGAACUUGCCAAAGCAGCAGUUAUGAGGCAUGGGGUCCGUGGACUUGUAAUUGAUCCAUACAAUGAACUUGAUCAUCAACGUCCUGUUAGCCUGACUGAGACUGAGUAUGUGAGUCAGAUGCUUACUAAGAUCAAGCGGUUUGCUCAACAUCAUGGUUGCCAUGUUUGGUUUGUUGCGCAUCCCAGACAGUUGCACAGUUGGGUUGGGACUCCUCCUAAUCUGUAUGAUAUUAGUGGAAGUGCACACUUCAUAAACAAGUGCGACAAUGGAAUUGUUAUUCACCGCAAUCGGGAUCCAGAUGCCGGGCCUAUUGACAGAGUACAAGUUUGUGUGCGGAAGGUACGGAAUAAGGUGGCAGGAACAAUAGGCGAUGCCUACUUGUCAUAUAAUAGGGUAACUGGUGAAUUUGUAGAGAUCAAGUAACCAUCAGGGGCGGGGAUCGGCUAUUUUGUAUUAAUUUUUUAAGUAUCUGUACAGUGUGAUUCACCUGUUGUCUGAUGAGAUGAAGUCCAUCUAAACCUAAUGGGUGUCGUUGCUUCCUGCAAAAC